GAUCCACUUGAAUGUAUCGCCACUCUAUUCAACCAUCCUUUAUUUCACAAUCACAUUGACUACACGGCUCGCAAGGUCUAUAGCACAGUGCAGAAGGAGUCUCGGAUAUAUACCAAAUGGAUGACAGGUGAACAUGCCUGGGAGAUGAAGGUGUAUAACACAUCAGCACUUCCCCAUGGUGCAAUUCUCCUGGGUACCAUCCUAUCCUCUGACAAGACAUGCAUUACUGCAUUAUCGGGUGAUCGUGUUGCACAUCCUCUCCUUAUCAGCCUUGCCAACAUCCACCGUGACAUGGACACACGGCUAAAAUCAUCUUCAAACACCUUCCUUCUCGCUGCCCUACCACUGGUUCCAAAAUUUGUUUACAAAAAUAAGUGA